AUGGUGGUCUCGAACAUGCUCAGGCCUCUCCAGAUUGCUGCCGUACUAUGUGGGGCAAAAGCAGCCAGGCCUCUGCCACCUGACAACUUCAUAGUGUGUCAGUCUCCAACCAUAUCACAUCAGCUCCACAAAACAACAGUCUCCAUGCACAUCAACUACACACAGCAUCACUCACCACACAGCCUUAGUCUCCACACAGCCUCAGCUCCACAAAGCCUCAGUCUCCACACAGCCUGUCUCCUCCACCCAGUCUUAGUCUCCACACAGGCUCAGUCUCCACCCAGCCUCAGUCUCCACCCAGCCUCAGUCUCCACACUGCCUCGGUCUCCACACAACCACAGCUCCACACUGCUUCAACUCCACACAGACUCGGUCUCCAAACAGACUCGGUUGCCACACAGCCUCAGUCUCCACACAGCCUCAAUCUCCACACAGCCUCAAUCUCCACACAGCCUCAGUUUGCACACAGCCUCAAUCUCCACCCAGCCUAUCUCCACACAGCGUAAGCUCCACACAACCUGUCUCCACACAGCCUCAGCUCCACACAGCCUCAAUCUCCACACAACCACAGUCUCAACACAUCCUCAGUCUCCACACUGCCUCAAUCUCCACCCAGCCCAAGCUCCACCUAGCCUCAGUCUCCACACAGCAUCAACACACAGGCGCAGGUCCACCCAGACUCAGUCUCUACACAACCUCAACCUCCACACAGCCUCAAUUCCACACAGCCUAGUUCUCCACACAGCCUUGGUCUCAACACAGUCUCAGCUACAUAAAGCCUCAGUCUCCACACAGCCUCCGUCUCCACCCAGCCUCAGUUUCCACCCACCCUCAGUCUCCACACAGCAUCAGCUCCACACAGCCUCAGUCUCCACACUGCCUCGGUCUCCACACAAGCACAGCUCAACACUGCUUCAACUCCACACAGACUCAGUCUCCACACAGUCUCCGUUGCCACACAGCCUCACUUUUCACACAGCAUCAGUUCCACAUAGCCUCGGUCUAUACACAGCAUCAGCUCCACACAGCCUGUCUCCAAACAGCCUAAGCUCCACACAGCAUCAACUCCAUACAGGUGCAGCUCCACCCAGCCUCAGUGUCCACACAUCAGCCUCCACACAGCUUCACUCUCCACACAGCCUCAGUUCCACACAACCUGUCUCCACAAAGCCUCAGUCUCCACACAGCCUCAGUCUCACAAACCCUCAGCUCCACACAGUCUCGGUCUCCACACAGCAUCAGUCUCACAGAGCCUCAGCUCCACACAGCCUAGGAUCCACACAACCUCAGUCUCCACACAGCCUCUGUCUCCAUACAGCCUCCGUCUCCACACAGCCACAGUAUCCACACACUUCAGCUCCACACAGCCUCGGUCUCCACACAGCCUCAUCUCCACACAGCCUCAGUCUCCACACAGCCUCAGUCUCCACACAGCCUCAGUCUCCACACAGCCUCAAUCCCAGCACAGCCUCUGCUUUGACCUUGGGGUGAUCAUUGAAAGCAAAACACCGAGCACUCAUCUACCCAGAACUCCACAGUCUUUUAAAUCCCUCUGCUGGGUGAGUGGUUACAGCACAGCUGUGGCCACCCGAGCGCAGCAGCAGCUGUGUUUGUGUUUUGGCAGCCUGGGCUUGUAUGUGCCAUCCUGAAGGCCCUUGCAGAACUGCCUGGCCUCCCAGCUUCAGGUCCAGUGCCAGGCUCCUGUUUGUGGCGGCGGAGCGCCUCCUCUCCCGAGCCCCCGACAGGCGGCGCCCAGACCCUGGCAGCUGACAGCAGCGUCCUGGGACUUGUUCCCAGAGGGACCGGCCCGGCCGGCGUGUCCUCUGCCAGCAUCUCGCCCCUGAGCGCACUGCUCCUCGGACCCCGCGACAGCCUGGGUGGCCCAGGGUAGUGCAGCGAGCGGUGGUGAGUGGCCCAGCGUGAGGGCCGGCAGCUCGGCUCCCAGAGUGCUUUCCGGCUCCCCUCCUCCUCCUCCUCCUCCUCUGGUCUGAUGGGGUGUCGCUGCGGGCCGGGCGGCCGGCGGGCGGGCCCCGAGGGCUGCAGAGCUCCAGGAGGCCAGUGGUUUGUUCAGUGAGUCAUCUUACAAAAACAAAAGAAUUCAGUCUUCAACGCUGGGAUGGUGACCGCCUCUGUGUUCUUCAGACACAGCCCCGCGUGGGUGAGAGACACGUGCCCACGGAGGCCGUGCGUGCCCAGGUGCGGAUACGAAAGGAGCGCCUCGUCUUCACAGAAGCAGCUGGUCUGCUGUGACGGGAAUGAACGCAGCUGCGUGUGGAGUCGUAAAGUCACACCCUGGCGACUGUCCGAGUGGCCAGGAAAAGUCCAGGCGUGUUUUCGUGAAUCAGGUGCCAGAUGAAGCGGGCUAAGUUCUCGUCAGCAGUGGAAGCGCCCCGAGCUCGUCGGUCUCCUCAGUCCGGGCCUGAGAGGCGGCCCCUCGGCUGGCUCGCUCGCUCGCCGGCUGUGGCCGUGGUUCUCUGGCCGUGAAAGUCCUCCCUGGGGAUGACGAGAGUCCCCAAACAGCCGAAACCCACUGUCCCCUCGAAGGCCGCCUCCAGGGAGGUGGUGAAGUUAUCACUCACGCUCAGCAGUGAGUCGCUGUCACAAAACUGCUUCUUUGUGGCAGGAAGGGAGAGGGGCAGGGAGACACCCGCAGCCCAGCUCCCCCGGCUGCUGGGGGCCCAGGGCUCAAACCCACGCGCCGCCCCCCGGCCCCACAGUGGAGCAAAGCUCCCCGGGUGGAGAAGCGGCUGUGCGGAGUCUGUCUCCCCUCACUCCCUCGUCCUCUCUGUCCCGCCAACGGACGUGAGAGCCGUGAGCAGCGGCCUUCGGAGCCUCAGACGUGAGGGUAGGAGGUGCCGCAGUGGCGAUGCCCCUGGCUCGCUGCUAAGCCAAGAAGCCGAGAGAAGGUGACACAGUGGCCGUGCAGACUCCAGCCGAAGGCCCCAGGCUCAGUUCCCCCAGCAGCCGGCGUGGGCGGUGCGCUGGUUAAGUGAGCAGCACACAGGUUCAAGCCCUCGCUCCCCAUCUGCAGGGAGAAAGCGUCACGGGAGGUGAAGCAGUGCGGGAGGUGUCUCCCCGUCAGCUCUUCGUUUGUCCCUGUCUCUGUCCAAAGUAAGUUGAAAGAUAUAAAUGUGGAGUCGGGCGGUGGCGCAGCGGGUUAAGCGCAGGUGGCGCAAAGCGCAGGGACCGGCGUAAGGAUCCCGGUUCGAGCCCCUGGCUCCCCACCUGCAGGGGAGUCGCUUCCCAGGCGGUGAAGCAGGUCUGCAGGUGUCUGUCUUUCUCUCCCCCUGUCUGUCUUCCCCUCCUCUCUCCAUUUCUCUCUGUCCUAGCCAACAAUGACAAUAAUAAUAACUACACUAAAAUAACAAGGGCAACAA